CGUCAUGCGAACUAGGUCGAAGGAAUGAUCCAUGUCUAACUUUUGGAUUAUUAAAAUACAUAAAUGAGCACUUCUUCGUGAACAUAUUAAUAAAUUAGCUCACAGUAAGCUUCACUGAUGAUGACUAUCGAUUCAAAAAAAUAAGGGACCCAUUAUAACCUCAGCGAAAAGCGAAGAAAACAAACUUGAUAUAUGGCAUAAGUGGCAGAAAUCAUGGCAGAUAAACACGGCCCAAACUAUGAUGUGAGGGAAUUGAAAUUGGGCACAAGCUUCACUAAUAAUAAGGCUUCCCAAUAUCAUACAAUCAAGUAUGACUUCAAACCUGCUUCAGUGGAUGUCAAUAAAAUGGCAACUGUUACAGUCGGUACCAAAAAUGAGGUGACCGUCACAGUGCCUCAUCUCAUGGGUGCAGGUGUCCCACAGACUGUUUUCAAGGGAAACCAGAAACCAUACACAAAAGAAUGCGUGCUCAUAAUAGAUAAGGUCACCGGGGAGAUUACUCUUGAAAAGCUCUCAAACAACAUACAGGUUAAAAAGACGAGACAAGAGAAUACACAGAAGCCGAGGCCGCUAACGCCUGUGACCGCCGACUUCACGAACACGACGCAGAGGUCCACCUCGCGCACUCGCGUCGCGACCAACAAGCGCGUCACGCCUCAUGCCGGACCAGGGGUACCAGCAAACAACCAGGCUCGUUUCAACGGAGCUGGUACUCAGAAACCGCCUGUAAAUAUGGUACGGUCUCCGCAGAGGAUCAAAUCUUCACCCCCCCAAGCGCCGUGGUCAGGUGGCGGAAAUAGCACGUUAGCGUCCCUCCCCAUGAUCGGUCUGGACGAGGCGCCCGCUCCCGCGACUUCUGCCUCUAUGACCUCUGCCCCUGUGACCUCUGCCCCUGCGCCCGCGGCCCCCGCGGCUCCCGCACCCUCACUCAAUGGGUACUCGCGACCCGACCGCCCUCUGCCGGUCGAGCGACCUCCUAACAAUACUCAUCCUCCGCCACAGCAAAUGCAAGUGGAACAAGACGACAGCUCGUCUAGUUCUUCGAGCGACAGCGGCAGUGAUUCGGACAGCGGUAGCGAUUCUGAAGACAACACAGCCGCCAGCCACAACCAGCCGAUCAACCACGCUGUACCCAACGGUAACGUAAGCAACCCGUCGUUCCCGAGCGACGUGCUCAACGAUGAUCUCUGCCUGUCCGAGUCGGGCAGCGACUCCGACUGACGUCACGAGCCGCCUCUCCCCCCGCCCCCCCUGCACGCCGCCCCGCGCUCGAAGGAACAUCGCGACGAACAAACGGCCUCGAGCCCCACCCGAACCUACCUCCGCCGCACCGAAUUCCGUCAAACGCUAAUCAAAUGCCCGAAAUCGAUGAGCUCACACGACACACUAAGACCAGCCUCAGGUUUGUACAGCGACAUUAAUAGAGAUAUCUUUCAUUGCCCCGACCAGCCCAGUUCGAGUUUGGACCCCGAUAAGUGUUCUGGUGUCCACGAAGAUUCGUUUUUUUAUAGGAAUCGUAAAAGCGAAAGCCCGAAAACGAUGAAUUUAAUUUCUGGUAUGCAUAAAGACUUGAAUAUACAUUGUAGUCCUCGUAAAAAAUGUCUUCUAUAUACAAACUCAUUAAGGUUACAGUCUGAUACGUCUAAGGAAUCUAGAAAUAGAUGUUGCCAAUGUCAUAAAAAUGUUAAUAAUCAGUGCGCGAACUCUGCGAAUUCAUAUACAGAAAUAUACAAGAAUUUAUCGUACUUAAACACGGAUGCGUAUAGAAAUUUGAAAAGUCGUUGUCCGAAUUUAUUGAGAUUAAUUCAGUAUACUCAAGAAGACAUGGCGAAUUUAAUAGAUUUGAAUACUACGCAAAGAGACUUUUUAAAAUUGAUCUAUUCUAAAUGCCAUGACCAUUCGAAUGUAAGGAACAAAUGCUUCAAGACUAGAACGUGUCAUAAUUCGCAUUCCGAUUUGCGGAUAUCGAAUUUUCCGAGCUCACAUCACUACGACGCUCAUAAACAUCUGAAAUCUUUGUGCCCUAAUUUAUUGAGGUUGUUGAAAUUGGACAUUAGUGACUUGGACGCCCAGUGUCCGAAUUUAGCAGGCUUGCGUCACAUGACGAGGUCCCUCUUCAAACGAAUCACGUGAUUACCCGUGAACAGUGGCGGGCGAAUGCUCUGACGGCUCUAGAGGCUUAGAAUACUGUGCUAUCGAUAUAGACAAUUAACUUCAAAAAUCUAUGAAUACCUACGCAACGUGUGGCCAUAAUUUUAGGCAUUCCUUUAAAAAAAUAUAGUUUGAAAAAAUUAAAGCCAUAAUAAUUGCCCUUCUUUAAUUUUUAUUGCCAUUUGUUUACAAAUUUUACGAAACUGUCAUUUUCAUUUGACGUUAAUAACGGUAAGUCCCUUUGGCGGCAAAUCUAAAAUAAAUUUAAUCAUCGAAAUUCCAAAAUUUUGUUAACAACCAGUUAAUACCUGUUUGAAAUUAUGUUAAUAUUUUAGAAAAUAUGAUAAUAUUAAAUUGCCCCGAUAAUAUGACAGAUUCGUGUCCUAUUAAAAUUCCACAAGAAUAAGUGUCUUAUUUAAAAAGCAAUAUUAAUGCGCCUUAUUUGACAAAUUCUGUGAAACUUGUUUAUUGAAUCUUGUUCACAAGUCAGAAAAUAUUUAUUGCUAAAAGAAAUUACAUUAUACAAUAACUUUUUGAUUUAAAUUCGUCGCAUUCAGUUAACAAGCAAUCAUUGGAUGCCUCCUGAUGCAUUCAUGCGUUUGCUGUGACAUACAAAUUUCAGGAUUAAUCUAUUAGAGUAGUGUAGUAGAAUGUUUUUUCGAAUGAAUUGCCAUAAUCGACUAAAUCGAUUAGUCCUAGUCCGGUAUGCCACUGUGAUAUUUAAACACAUAGCCGAGAGCGUAUCGCCCCCCACUUUAACCAAGGGUGCCUUGCCGUGAUUACAUAAGGUGUUAAAUUACAAAAUAAAAACCUAAAGUUAAAUCUACUUAUUGUAAUGUAAUGGUAAUCAUUGUACUUGGGCGAAUAUAUGCAACUGAUAAAAUAAUGAUGUUACUUAAACAAAACAAAAGUUAAAUACAUAUUUUUGAAGAUGUAUAUUUUUCUAAAGUGGCGGCAUUUUUAAAUCAUUCUGUUACAGUUCGAUUUUAUUCUCUAAAGCAAGACUUAUGAAGCAAAAACAAUAUUUAUUAGUUCUAUAUAUUUGUCCACUUACUUCUUGAGACUUCAAUUGACAGUGAAUGUGCCUAUAAAUAGAUGAAGAAACAUAAAAUAUUAUUUUAAUGCCGAUAUAUUGCAAAACGUAGUGUAUAAGAACAUAAAGCGAGGUUAGAUUUAUUUAAGUUAGCUGUAACGCGUUUAAGCUGCAAUAUAAAGUGUUUGUACAGAUAAAGGAAAACGGAAUCAUUUAUUUUGAUGAAUUUUUUAUAUUCGUCGUGUUUAGAUUUAUGAAAAGCUUGUAUAAAGAGGAAUAAAUAAUAUGAAAACUGUUUGUAAAUAAGAAUAUAUGAUGAUGGUGAUGAUGAUUUAGAUUAUGAGAAAAUUGUGUGCCUUCUGUAAACAUCUACGGCUGUUUCAAGUUGUUUUGUCUAGUAGCAGUUACCUGCCCAAUUAUUUCAAUAUGCUCUUUUUAUUUUGAAAAUAUAAACGAGAUUAAGCAAG